AUCACAGGGAGUAUCAUGACGAUGAGCAGUGGCCGCUCGGGCGGGGCUAUGGCUCAAUAUAAGAGAGCAGAAAGUCCACUGGGUGGAGGGAGAAUCUCCUGUGGACCUGCUGCGACCCACUGCUCCUCCUUCUCUUCCUCCUCAUCCUCCUCUUCCUCCUUCACCGGGACCAGCACCAUGGACAGCUCCGGGAUGCUCCGCGGGCUGCUGUUUGUCGGCCUGCUGUCCGCGUUGUGUCACGGGCAGGCGUCUCAGGAGGUCUCCGCGGAGGACUUUACUGUGGAGAAACCCGAACCAGCUGCAGACAGAGACCUGUUAGAAGCGCUGGAGGCUCUGCUGGGCAGGAUGCAUAAUCGGAUUUCGUCCACCGAGAAAAGAGGGAGUAUCCCGCUGUGUGGAAUGGGUGAACGGUGUGCCAUGAAGUACGGGCCUCGCAUCGGGAAGCUCUGCGACUGUGGAAGAGCAGCAAACUGCAACUCGUACCUGCUCAAGUGCAUCUGAACCACGGAGGACUUUUUUUAAUUUCUUUUGCCAGCAUUUAGCGUUACAUUUGCAGGACCCAAAGAUCUUUCAGCCGGCUGCACACAAACCCUGACCCUGUCUGUGUCUAAUGUCAUCAUUUAUAUCUCUGAAGCACUGCUGAUGAUUGAGACAAUUAUAGGACAUGCAUGGAUUUUUUUGUAUCCCUAUAUGUUCUGCUGUAGCAUGUAUGAAUUUCGUGUUAAAUAAACAGAUUUGUUGACACAU